UGUUUCCAUCGCGAGGGAAGGCCUCGGGUCGCGCUCGUCUCGUAAACGUCCGGUCAGUUCGCGUUUUCCCGCGUUUCUUUCGCCUCGUCGCGUUAUUUUUCGCCCCGAAAAUCGUUCGCCUCCUUGAAAUUCGUUCAAUCCGCGCGAGUGAUACACACACACACACACACACACACACGUGAUAUCGAGAUACAUACAUACCCACGGUGGAACUUGUUGUAACGAAAAGGAUCGAGAAGAGAUCGUUGUGUUUAUCAAGUAGUGGCAAGUGUCAUGGGGAUAUAGGAACGCCGGUGAGGAAUCGAGACGCAUGAGAGUCGAUACCGGGUGAUCGGUGAUCACGUGAGGGUCCAGCAGUUUCCGGCGAGGCGUAUCGAGAGAUGUCGACGGAAGAUGGUAUAGAUAAUCCGGCGUUCGCCAGCGAUGAUUGCGCGACCGAGUCGCGGCUGAACGAUGAGCAGCAACAGGUGAGCUUGGAUCACAAGUCGGAGGGCGGUCCCGUGGAGAACGGCCAUCAACGGGCCCAAUUCGUCUCCCAACAGUAUGUCGAGCCCGGAAAGACCAGUCCCGAUCCUCAUCAUCAGAGGACCGAGACGAAGAUCGAGCUGCCCGAAACCAACGACAAGGCCGUGGUCGAGCCGAAAAUGAACGGUGUCCAUGGAAAUGGAAACAACAAUGAUGCUAGUUUCCUUAACAACAGCGCGACCAGCGUGCAGAUUAACGAUACCGGAAAGAAAGAGCAGAUCGAGGCAGUAAACUUGGAACUGGUCUCGAUGAGGCCUUACGCGGGCAACAAUCUCCAAACGAAGGGCCAGGAAGCUUGCGAGGUUCCAGCCGAUCCCUACGAGGAGUACUUCGUUCCAGUGAACGAGCAUCGAAAGUACAUCAGCAGGGGUCCCGAGGCCGAGGUUGAAACAACCGUGGCUGGAGUGCGUUUUGAUUUGGGCCCCGGCGUCGGCCGCGAGGGACUCAGCCUGAGAGACCCUGCCGCCGGACUGGUCGACUAUUCCCACUGGCUGACAGCCCUCAGGGGCGAGAAAUUAUACGUAACGAAGGAUAAGAGAUCGAGGAGCUCGUAUUGGAGAAGAAUGGCCUGUUGGGGAUGUUGCUUGGCGGUCGUGCUGAUAGCUGUCAUCAUCGCCAUUUUGGCGGCGACUGGAAUAAUCUUGACGCAAGAGACUUCCGAACCUCUGGAGAAUCUUCAGCAGAAUUCGCGGCAAUUUGGAGACGUGCGAACGGCCGAGAGUCAAGAAUACAUGAAGAAUCCUCCGCCGAGUCCGCCACCCGCGACUUCGACGUUCCCACCUUGGCCUACGACCGACGAAACCCUUUACAACACUGUCCCAAGCGCCUUGGACGGUGUGCUAAAAUUAGACGAGUUCCAAUGGGACAACGAUCUAAGCGAUCCGAAGUCGAGAGUGUACAGACAAGUGAGCACGGAGAUAGAAGAACACUUGAGGAGCAUGUUGAGGCAGCCAAUGGAUAACGAAACGAUCGUCAAAGUGUAUGACAUAAACAGGGACGGCGAAGUGAAGUUUAGGAUAAGUUAUCCACCGCGUUCCAUCCCAGAAGAAACGCAACAGAUGAUCGAGAAAACGUUGCAGAAAAGUGGCAACAUGAUUGGACACUAUCAUUUGAACAGUUUAAAGGUGACCAAGUUGGUCGACGAUUGUCAGAGCGGGAGUCUUGGGUGUUCAGAAGGGUGCAAUUACGAUUACUCGAAGGGUCUGUUCGUUUGCUUCUGCAGCAGAGUUGGAAAGAUGUUGGCCAGUGAUGGAAAGAGUUGCGUCAAUGAGAAUGAUUUGAGCAACGUGGAAAUGGACGACGAGGUGCCGGAGACCAAUACGGAAGUGGUGCACGAUUACGUGCAGGGAAGAAGCAGAGGACCUGGGUCGGUGUUUGAACCGAGGAGACCCGACAAUUGGGAUCAUUUGGACUUCAGCACGGAAACAACGCACAAUGGACACGCGCCACAAGAUAACGAACACGAAUUUCACGUAUAUCCACAUUCUUCAGCAGAACCGGAACCCACGCAGACGGCCACGACGGAAGAGAAUCGUGUGUUCAAUGACGAAUCUGAUUCGAUACAUUGGAUGCACGAUCAUUCGAAGCAUGAUCAUUCGAAGCAUGAUCAUUCGAUGCAUGAUUAUUCGACUUAUGAUCAUUCGAUGCAUGAUCAUUCGGAACAUGAACACUCGAUGCAUGAUCAUUCGGAACACGAUCACUUGACGUAUGAUUAUUCAAGCUUCUCGACUGCUGAACAUAAACCUGAAAUGGAAUCCAGUUCUGAAUCUUUUGCUGAACCCGAACCUUCUGCUGAGCCAGAACCCUCUGCUGAGCCUGAACCGUCUGCUGAACCCGAACCUUCUGCUGAGCCUGAACCAUCUGCUGAGCCAGAACCCUCUGCUGAGCCAGAACCCUCUGCUGAGCCAGAACCCUCUGCUGAGCCUGAACCCUCUGCUGAGCCAGAACCCUCUGCUGAGCCUGAACCGUCUGCUGAGCCAGAACCUUCUGCUGAGCCUGAACCUUCUGCUGAGCCAGAACCCUCUGCUGAGCCUGAACCGUCUGCUGAGCCAGAACCUUCUGCUGAGCCAGAACCUUCUGCUGAGCCUGAACUGUCUGCUGAGUCAGAACCUUCUGCUGAGCCAGAACCCUCUGCUGAGCCUCAACCGUCUGCUGAGCCAGAACCGUCUGCUGAGCCAGAACCUCCUGCUGAGCCAGAACCGUCUGCUGAACCUGAACCGUCUGCUGAGCCACAACCGUCUGCUGAGCCAGAACCUUCUGCUGAGCCUGAACCGUCUGCUGAGCCAGAACCGUCUGCUGAGCCUGAACAGUCUGCUGAACCAAAGUCUCCUAAUGAACUAGAGUUUGAUCCAGAAUCUUCCACAAAAAUGAUUAAUACCGAACUAGUCAGUUCCAUGGAACCACAAUCUACUGAAUCUAAUAAACUUGAACCUAGUGGAGAAUUACAACCGUCUACCGAAAUAGAACCUUCUGCUGAACCUGAACCGAUUACUGAAGCAAAUCCUGCUAGUGAAUUAUCAACAAAAUUAACUGCAACCGAACAUCCAGAAUUACCUCUUCAAUCAGAUUUCACUGUUAGGCCUGAAACAUCCGGAGAAGAAGAUUCUUCUACCGAACACGAAUUAUCAUCAACCUUGUCACCCAUCGAACCAGAAUUAUCCAAUGAUGAAAAAUCUCGUGAAAAUAUGCCUCCUAUUAUUGAACAUUCUACCGAAAUGCAAAACACUAUAGUGCCAAAAGAUUCUACCGAGAAAACAUCUAUUGAUAAAACUGAAUCUUCUACCGAAUCUCUAAUUGUGAAUAAAGAAUCUUCUGAAUCAAUUAACGAAUCAGCCUCUUCCACAGAAUCACCUAUGGUUGAAAAAGAAACAACAAAUACACCCAAUGUUCCUACAAACAUGGAGUCAGAAUCUACAACGCCAAUGAUUAAUGAAACUACAUUACCAAAUAAUGAAAUGACAAGCAAUGAUGAAUCUUUGCCAGUGAUACCUCUCAUCCCUGAUAUCGAAGAGACUAUGACAUCGAAUCAUUCGUUUUCUGACGAUCAUUCGGAAUCAAGUGUCGCAGUUGUAGACACAACUAUGAUAAUGAAAGACAAUGAAGAAAAGGUAACAACUUCAAGCUCUAUAGAAAUGGACAAAAACGAGCAAGUCACUGAAACAACCAACAUGCCACAAGAUGAAACAACUAUAUACACUACAAUAAGCAUAAAUAAUGACGAAACGAUGAACUCCUCUUCAGAAUCUAGUUCUUCCACUUCAUCCACUAAUCUUCAAUCUUUAAUUCCUGAAAUAGAAUCCACCACUAAUUCUGAGAUAACCUUCCCUAACACAGUGACAGACACUAAAUCGGAAAGCACAACUGAAUCGAAUCCCGUUGCAGAGACCAACAUCACAGAAAUGGAUAACGAAGAGUCUAAAUCUCAGAAUACAUCGUCAAAUGAAUCCACUAUGGAACCUGAAUCACCUCCUCGUGAGACGAAUGAGACCAACGUUAUUGAACACAUGCCAACGACCGUCUUCCCCAAAUUGCCAAAGAAUUUCGGCCAUAACGUGGAACCUCUGAUAGAACCACUGAUAAACGACACGGAAGAGCACAUUAUGCUGAUACCAAAAACGGAGCACACCACGGAAGUUCACGAUCCUCAUGCAAUUAUUCCACAAUUGAUUCCCGAACAAAGCGUCCAAUCCUCAUCGAAUGGAUCGUCGACAAACAUCCCUAACCAAGAUUCGCCAAGAAGUAAAAUUCCAUCCUCUACAGAAGUUGUUGAGACGACUCUCCAUCGAUCAACUGUACGUCCAGACGAGAACGCGGUUUCUUUAAGCGACUCUGUUCGCUAUGAGGAGAAUUUGGACCAUUCGACCAAUCAUCCCCUGCAUCCAGCAAUGUUCCCUGAGAACACGGUCGAACACGCCACGGAGAAAUUUGACUCGGGUUAUGACAAGCACGCGGACGAUAUGUCCCCCUUCUUGCCGGAUGUCCAGAAGGAAAAGGAGGUGAAGAAGGCGCCUAGAUUGGACAAGGACGAGCAGGACGUGCCCAAUCCUUUCGAAGAUCACGUUGAAGAUGUGAUCACCGACAAACCUUUGAUGGAAACGUCUCCUUCUACGGAACGAAACACUAACGAAACCGAAUUAAAGGAUUCUCUGAACGACGUCCACGACGUUGUACGCGAUAACGCGAAGUCUGAUGAGCGGAACGAAGUGGGUCGUGGGUUCAAAGGUGACGGGUUAGACGCCGUUGAAAGUAACGAUACGGAAUCCGGGAUUCAAAAUGGCCUAUUGCUCACUUACGAUGCCGACAAGUCAACGAACGAGGAGCACGUUUCGAUUGAGAAUGAGAGCGGAAUAGCUUCUGAGGAAGAUGAAGAAGCGUUGAAAGUGGUGCCGUUAGAGGAACAGUUCAAGGAGAUUGAAACUACCGUGAAAUACGAUUCGAGUAAAGAUAAAUCAGGAAUUACGGAAGCUGGCCCAGUUAUCGCGGAAGAAGAGAACGAGAAAUCGAAAGAUAACGUUACGAUUCAAGCAUCUUCGGAAAAGCCAGAAGAGAAUGCUGUGGAGGAUCAGUAUAACGACAUUACCGAUGACAGUUUGAGCAAAGGGUAUCAGCAGGACGACACAGAAGUGUCAAAGAGAAUUAAGGACGGAUCUAAUGAGUUAAUGAAUGGCGAUGGAAAAUCCUUUAGCGCGGAUGAAUCUCGUGUAAAUGAUGGAACGAACGUAACGACGACGAACGACACCGAAAACGCAUUGGCCAUGAUUGGAAAUAUCCCUGACAAGCAUCCAGAGGAUGCCAGGCUGACCACUCAGAUACCCGUGCUACCGUUGGAAAUACAGCAAGAGAUGUCGACGACCGAGAAAGUGGAGAGCACCACUGUAACCGAGGAGAAUCCUCGAAGGGACAACGGCACGGAACACCAGAAUGGGGAGGAUGGAACGACAGUUCAGGUACCAAUUACUCACGUGAUGUCGAUGGAGACGAAAACUACUGCCCAGAUACCAAUAUUGCCAGAAGAAUUGCAGACUACUGAAAACGACGUGCUGCUGACCACCUCCACCAUGAGGUCAGAUAUCGAAACGAAGACUGGCAACUUGGAAAACGUGUCUUCUGAGAGCGUGGAACGAAAGGAAAUGCUUGCUAUCGAUACGAAUGAUAAUGAAACUCGAAUAAUUAAUUCAUCAGAACGACAAAUGAAUAGUCAGAACGAUACUGCUGAUGAUUCGAUGGCCAGUGCGGUGGAAAACGAGGGAAAUAAAAGUAAUGAUAACGCGUUAAGUGUUACAAUGUUGGAUAACACAAGUGAGGAAGCACCGACGACAAUGAGCGUCGAGGAAAGUACGAAGGAGAAUGCGACAGAAAGUUCAACGCUCGAACCUUCUCCUUCGACGUCCAACAAUGGAACUGCCAUCACGACAGAAUCGCAGAAAAUGUCCGAGACCUCCACUACAACAGAGAAUGUUAAACCUGUGAUUGAGAUAUUAGAAGAUGACACUGUACCAGUAAGAUUCGACUACAGGACGCAUUUUGUCAUGACCACGCCCAAGGCUAACUUGAAUAUGGGGGAUCUAACGGAGGAAGAUUUAAAAGUGAUCCCAUUAGAAAAGAGUUUAGAAGUGAAGAAGAAAUCAACCGACAAAAAGAUUAUUGAUAAGUACAAGUACAAGAAAGAAAAAGAAUUGAAUUUGGAGGAGAACGAGGAGAACGUGUUAACGGAUAUACCAGAAUUAUCGUCUACUGAAACGCCACAAACGGUGAGGGAGAUCAAAGAGGAGGCAAUCGGUGCCAUUGGCAAAGAAGAAAACUCUGUACCAAAAUUGAAAAUCAUUGAGACUACCAGUGGAUCAAAUCAAACGGAAGUUCGAUCCUCUGUAGCAAAUGAAAGUAUCGGUGGUAAAACCAGCAUAACAGUGCCAGACGCAGCAAAGAAGUAUCCCAGUUUCAUACCCGUUUCAGAGAAGAUCAUAGAGCCAGAAUUUGUUACAGAACCUUUCGUACCUCUUCGAAACUUGCAUCAUUUCCAUCGAUCAGACGUUGCAACGGAACAUCCAUCGAUAACAAAGGAAUCGUCUAACGAAGAUCAUACGACGACGGAGCCAGAACAAGUGACGACAUUAAACGACGAAAAAAUAAACGAAACGGAUUCCUCCACGUUCCCUACAAACCAAUCGCCCAUUCCUUCGAGCACAACUGUUGACGUUUCAUUGAUGCAAACGAAAUUACCUGAAACUGUAACCGUGGAAGCAACCAGCCACAUAGACGUUUCGUUCCUGAAUCUACCUUCGAACGCCGUGUUUUCCAAGUGCGCUGCUGGACAAUUCCAAUGCGUGAAUGGAACGUCCAGGGAUGGCGCGUAUUGCGUGAAACUGUCUGCCAAAUGCGACUCUGAGAACGAUUGCUCGGACGGAUCGGACGAGUUGAACUGCGAAGGUUGUCCAGGAAAUUUCAAAUGUGCUAGUGGGCAAUGCCUGAAACGAGACCUGGUGUGCAAUAAAAUCGUCGACUGCGAUGAUGGGAGCGACGAGAAGAACUGCGAGGAAUGGAAGUGUCAAUUCGACGAAUUCAGGUGUCCUAGUGGAAGAUGCAUUCCUGGUAUCUGGCAGUGCGACGGCCGACCAGAUUGCGAGGAUCAUCGAGACGAGUACAAUUGUGCCGAAAGUUGUGGGAACGACGAAUACCUCUGCCCAACCGAGAAAUGGUGUAUACCAUUGACGUGGCAUUGCAACGGGGUCGACGAAUGUGCGAAAGGAGAGGACGAAAAUUUAUGCGAUUGCGGUCUCGAUCAAUUCAAGUGUCAAACAGGGGGAUGCGUGCCUGAAAAUCAAGUAUGCGAUGGAAUAGAACACUGCCCCGAUCAUUCCGACGAGUGGGGCUGUUUGAUGGCGAACGUGACUGUAGAGAAAAAGUUGACGGAUGGACAGAAAGAGGAUAACGCCGGGAGUGUUGGUGCUCAAGAAUCGGAUACUCCUUUACUGAAAGUAAGACAAUACAACGGCGAAUACCGUCUCGUUUGUUCCGAUGGAUGGAGCGAGGAAUUCAGUACCUCUUAUUGCCAAUCUUUAGGAUUCGCCGGUUCCGAGAGCACAGAGUUCCAAACGAGGGACAAAACUCAGAAGAUUUUCAGAUUAAAGGCGAAUCCCAAUCACCAUGCGCCAUUGGUCACGAAUUUGGAGCAAGUCGAAUUCUGCGUCUCUGACAAAGUCGUGCAAAUCACUUGCCAAGAAUUUUCUUGCGGAUCCGAUUACGGAGAAGGACCAACAGCGAGAUUGGUUGGUGGAACUCCGGCCAGCGAAGGACAAUGGUCCAGCGUGGCUUUGUUGAAGGAACCUAAACUCGGUGCUGCUUGCACGGCCAGCAUAUUGGGUCCUAUGCACGUGCUUGCCAGUUAUUCCUGCAUCCACAGAUAUAAGCAGAGCAAUGGAUGGCAGCUUUUCACCGGCGAAAACCUGCUUAAAGCGCAUCCUGUAAGGAAUAUCAUUCCUUAUCCUCAAGUGAAGUACAAUCAAUUCUUGUAUAACAAUGAUAUCGCAUUGGUGGAAUUAGAGAAGCCUUUAACUUUCUCGAGGAAUGUCAGCGCCAUCUGCCUUCCGAAACAUCCUAUACAGCAAUUCCAGCCGAGACAAAUAUGCGUGAUGGCUGGAUGGGGAUUUUCUGUGAACGGUGAGAUCGAUUUACAGAAGUACCUCAACUUCCUGCCAUUGCCAACGUACGAUAUCGAAGAAUGCAAUGCGACCACUCACUAUGCAGGAUUCAUUACGAAGGACAACAUAUGCGCUGGAUUCACUGAUACGAAUAAAGGACCUUGCUACAACGACGAAGGAGCACCCCUAAUGUGUGAAUCUGGAGGAGGAUCGGUCAGAUGGGAAAUUCAGGGUCUAUUAAGUCAUCACAGCAGAUGUUCGAGAGGUCAUCCGGCAAUUUAUUCCAGCGUGGAACCUGCAUUAUCUUGGUUGCGAAACUCCGUACCUGCUUUGCAAACGCAAAGCUAAAGCGCUAUAACGUGAUUUCGUUCUUUCCACGAGAAUAUGCGAACAUUAGAUGAAUUUUUUCUUCUUUUUUUUUUUUUAAUUCGUACGAAUUGAUCAUAACGAUACAAUGAAUGAACGAACGAAUAAAUUAAAUGAGUCGAUCGAAAAGGAACUGUUGAACGUAUAAGUUCCUGUUAAAAUUCAUGAAACAAAAACAAUGUACUUAAUUUAUAUCCGUCUUUGUUUUUCACAAUAUGUUCCUAUUUAAAUGCGAAGAACGCGGAUUUGAUAGAUAGCAAUACGUAAUCGCGGCCAUAAUUCGUUCUGCAUCAGAAAAAUAUAUCCUAAAUGUUGAAUGAUUUUUUUUUUUUUUUAAUAUCUUUACGAUAAUUAAUAUUGUAAUAUUUUGUGGCAAGUUGUGCUCACAGAAAGUGAAAAGAUAACGGAGAUAACAUAAUUGGCGAUACAAGAUAUUUACAAUUAAGAUUAUUUGUAAAUACUGUAUAAAGUGACUGUUUAAUAUGCUUAACAUUGUAAGAGACUUUUUUUUUACAUGUUUAGGAAAUUAGGUCUCUUAAGAAUGCUGUUUUACAAGUAUUCAAAUAUGUAAAACAAUUUAACACAUUCAUUUAUUCUGCUGAAUACCCAACAAGUUUCGUGUAACAACUGUAUCUAACAGAUUUAUGCUGACAUACACUUUCUAGUUUACUAUCUCAAAAAAAUGUUAGCAGAGGUGUAGUAUUACUGAUUAGUGUAAUGUCUGCGUGAAUUGUUUAUGUAAAUCCAGUUAUUAGAUAUUACAAAAAGUAGCAGUAAAAUGAAAAUAUUUAUUGGAAACAAGAGACCAUUGAAUAAAUAUAUUUGAUUAUUCAAUAAUAAAUAGUUUGUCUCAGAAAUCGUAAAAAGAGAUUUCUGAAAUGAACAAUAGAAUAGGAUAAAAAAUAGAUAGGAGAUAAAUGUAUAUAAUAUAUGAGUAUUUUAAUAAAAUACAUUGUUAUGAAGAGAUACAAUAAUAAAAUAUGUUUAUGUAUGCAUAGUCAUUGAUGAAUGCAUAAGUAUUUUUAUAUGCUAAGAUAAAAAAUAAAUGUAUUUUAAAUGAA